AUGGUGGAUUUUUCCAGCAAUCGCUUACAUGGUGUGAUUCCAUCUUCUCUUUUCCAACAAGCUUGGAAUUUGACUAGUUUCAAUGUCGGUAACAACACCUUUUCAGGUCCUAUCCCAUCCUCUAUUUGUCUUCCUUCUUCCUCGUUACGACACCUUGAUUUUUCCUACAAUGAUUUCAAUGGUAGUAUUCCUCGUGGACUCGGAAAGUGUUCCAAACUGCAGGUUUUUCGUGCUGGUCACAAUUACCUAGCAGGAUCGCUUCCAGAAGAUAUCUAUAAUGCUACCAAAUUUGAAGAGAUCUCACUACCUCUAAAUUCACUGAAUGGAGCAAUCAGUGAAGGCAUUGCCAACCUCAUCAACCUCACAACCCUUGAUCUCUCCUAUAACCAAUUGAGUGGUGUGCUCCCUCUCCAUCUUGGGAAGCUCUCAAAGUUGAAAUACAUACGCCUCGAUUUCAACUAUCUGGAAGGUUCAUUGCCUCUAUCCUUGAUGAAUUGCACAAAACUUGUUGAACUACGUAUGGGAUCUAACAAUUUGGGAGGUAAUUUCUCCAAGUUCGAUUUCUCCAAACUCAGCACACUUAGUAAACUUGACUUGAGGAUGAAUAACUUCUUUGGUGUCUUACCGAGAAGCCUCUACUCGUGCAAGUUCUUGAAAGCAAUUCGAGUGAGCUAUAAUAAUCUAGAGCUUCAAAUACAGCCUGAAAUUGCUUCAUUGAAAUCCCUGUCCUUCCUCUCACUGGGAGUAAACAAACGUUUGACGAAUGUCAAAGAGGCAAUGAAGAUACUGAUGGGUUGCAAAAGCCUUGUAGGUGAGGAAUUUCCUACUGAUCUUGGGAAAGCUGAUUUUGAUGGAUUCCAAAAUCUUCGAAUGUUGGAUUUGAGUUCCUGUAACCUUACUGGUCAACUCCCUUUAUGGCUAUCAAAGCUCAGAAAGUUACAGUACUUGGAGCUGAGUCAAAAUAGAAUCACAGGCUCCAUCCCAAGUUGGAUAGGGACUAUCCCUAAUCUCUUUUCUAUAAUCAUGGACUUCAACCUACUCUCAGGUAAAAUUCCAAAGGAAUUGUGGAUGCUUCCUAUGUUGGUAUCUGAACAAGCUGCAGCUCAAGUAGGUCGUACUGCUAGUGAUCUGCCUAUCUUUUACCCCAGUGUUGAUCAUGCAAUACCUUUACAGUACAACUUCUUGUAUUACGCACCAUAUAUAUCCCUAAAAAGCAAUAACCUACAGGGGAACAUACCUUCUGAGAUUGGCCAAUCGAAGCUUCUGAAAACUUUGUAUCUUAGCAACAACAACUUCUCCGGUAAUAUUCCAGAACAGAUAGCUAACCUAAAGGACAUGCAGAUUUUGGAUCUCUCCAUGAACCAAUUGUCUGGAAACAUCCCAGCAGCUGUCACAGGUCUUCAUUUCUUAUCAAAAUUCAACGUCUCCUACAAUAAUCUUGAAGGGCCAAUACCAUCAAGCACUCAGCUCCAAAGUUUCGAUGCUUCUGCGUUUGAGGGGAAUCUGAAACUUUGUGGUGAUCCACUUCCAAAUAAGUGUAAGAGAAUUAAGGGCACUGAUGAACCUGAUAUGAACAACACAGAUGCAGACAUGAAGGAGCAGAAAUUUCCAUGGUUUUAUGUUUCCGCUGCACUUGGGUUCAUUAUAGGAUUUUGGGGAGUCUUUGGUCCUUUAGUAUUUCUGCAGAAAUGGAGGUAUGCAUAUUACUAUUUCCUAGACAAUGUACAUAACAGGUUCAUGGUGAUGAUAGCAAGGAGUAUGGCCAGAGUGAAGGGAAGGUUUAUUAGAAGUUAG